GUUAUUUUUAAUUCUUUUAGUCAAAGAAUUUGUUUGAUUGGCAUUCUUGUUGUAUCUAACAGCUUCUAAUUUAUCAUUGAGAAGAUCCUCUAGUUCAUUUCUUAAGAGAUUGAUGCCCUAGCUCAUUCAAACUUCAAUUCAAAAAAUCAACUAUGUACCAUAGUACUAGUACUGCCAUGAUUGGUGUCGGUGAAGCCUGCCCCAUUGUCUAGUGGUUCAGGACAUCUAUCUUUUAAGCCGCCUUCUACGCCUUUUCCUUUAGCGCCACUUCUGCUUUCACUUCCAAAUAGCUCCCAUCCUCUUCUUGGUCGGGAAAAGUAUAAACAGAAACGGACGUCGGCAGGUUGGGCCACACAAGCUCUGAAGAUAGGUUAGAGGCCCGUAAACCUGAUGUGGACCCAAAAACUGCUGGCCUUAGCCUAUGGGCCUAUGAUGUUCCACUGCUGGGCUUCUGAUAUGGGCUUGAAUCCGGGCUUUCUUGAUUAAAGAGGGCCUGAUAUUCUAAUUAAUAUUUAGAUGGAUAACACUGAUUGAUGAUAUGAUAUCCUCUAAUGGAUACUGACGUGUCCGAUCUGAACGAGCACGUGGACUUGAAAGGGAUAUACUGACACUGUAGAGUAGCCAAGUUCGACCGGUUUGCCCGCCACCUCACUUCUCUCAGUUGGCUCUAUCUUCACGUUUUUCUAGCACAGUUUCCGGAGAGCGAUGAUGAGUCGGGGGAUUUGGCAGCAGAAGUGUCGUAACGCCAUCCGACGAUGGCUGCGUUCCUGCGCUGCCCAAACCUCGCCGCUCUCUCCGUCUCCGGUCGUAUCGCUGGGGAAUUCAUCGUAUAUAGGGUUUUCUUCUCAACCGAUCGUCUCCCGAUACGCUAUGGCGUCGUUUUCCAUGGUCAAUGAUAAGCUUAUGGAUUUGAACAUUCCAUAUAGCAUAAAGAGAUCUUGCUUUUCGAGUCAUGCUCUUCUUGAUCUUCCUGCAAGUGGGAUAGUUAGUAUACCAUUGGCACAAACAGGUGAAGGUAUUGCUGAAUGUGAACUUCUUAAAUGGUUCGUGAAAGAGGGGGAUCAAGUUGAAGAAUUCCAACCACUUUGUGAAGUUCAGAGUGAUAAAGCAACAAUAGAAAUAACUAGUCGCUACAAAGGAACUGUUUCUCAAAUUAUCUAUGUCCCUGGUGACAUUGUAAAGGUUGGAGAAACCCUUCUGAAAAUGGUUGUUGAAGAAUCUCAAGGUUCAAACCUGACCAGCAACGCUCCAGAUGACAUGAAAUCAAUGGGUGCUGAGGUAUGUGACUCAAGUAUUCAAAGUUCAGACUUGAGGAACAGUAACACAGGUGGAGUUCUAGCCACACCUGCUGUUAGGAACCUUGCAAAGCAGUAUGGUGUAGAUAUAAAUCACAUCCUUGGAACUGGUCAAGAUGGGAGGGUAUUAAAAGAAGAUGUCCUCACACAUGCAGUCCAGAAAGGACUCUGUAAAGAACCUUCUUCCUUGAGUGUUAAUUCAGUGGAGCACUUUCAAGGAGAAGAGAAAUACUCUCAUACCUUAGCUGCAGAUGGAUGGCAAUAUGAAGAUAAGACAGUUCCAAUUCGAGGAUUCCAACGUGCAAUGAUUAAAUCAAUGACCUUGGCUGCUAAGAUUCCACACUUUCAUUAUGUAGAAGAGAUAAAUUGUGAUGCACUUGUGAAACUUAAAGCAUCCUUCCAAGAGGAGAAUCGUGAUCCAGAAGUCAAGCACACUUUCCUCCCUUUUAUGAUAAAGACACUUUCGAUGGCAUUGAGCAAAUAUCCCUUAUUAAAUAGCUGCUUCAAUGAGGAGCUGCAAGAAAUCACUGUUAAAGGCUCCCAUAAUAUUGGAAUUGCGAUGGCUACCCCACAUGGUCUAGUUGUUCCUAACAUAAAGAGGGUUCAAUCGCUUUCCAUCUUGGAGAUAACAAAGGAGCUGGCACAGCUACAACAAUUAGCAUUAGCUAACAACCUUUGUCCUGAGGAUAUAUCUGGUGGAACAAUAACUUUAAGCAAUAUUGGUGCAAUUGGAGGGAAGUUUGGCUCCCCCCUCCUCAACCCGCCUGAAGUUUCCAUCAUUGCAAUUGGCCGACUCCAGAAAGUUCCACAGUUUGUUGAUGAUGAAAACAUGUAUCCUGCAUCAAUUAUGACUGUUAAUAUAGGCGCUGAUCAUAGAGUCCUGGAUGGAGCAACAGUUGCUAGAUUUUGUAAUGAGUGGAAACUAUACAUUGAGAAACCUGAGCAGCUCAUGCUGCAUAUGAAGUGAUUCAAUCCUGCCUUCCUGUAAGCAGCAGGAUGUUAUUUUAUUUAUGUCAAAUAAGCCUUAAAAGAGAUGUUAUUUUAUGUCAAAGAAAUUACCCUUAAAAUGCCGAUAAUUUUUGUCCCAAAGAGACAUUUC